AUGACACUGUUGUCUCUUUUGGGUCGGAUCAUGCGUUAUUUUCUGCUCAGACCAGAGACCUUGUUCCUCCUAUGCAUAAGCCUGGCUUUAUGGAGUUACUUCUUCCACACUGACGAGGUGAAAACCAUCGUCAAGUCCAGCCGGGAUGCUGUCAAAAUGGUCAAGGGGAAAGUGGCGGAGAUUAUGCAGAAUGACAAAUUCGGGGGACUCGACGUUCUGGACGCAGAGUUCUCCAAAACCUGGGAGUUCAAGAGCAACAAUGUGGCGGUGUACUCCAUCCAAGGCCGGAGAGAUCACAUGGAAGACCGCUUUGAGGUCCUCACUGACAUCGUGAACAAGAGUCACCCGUCUAUAUUUGGGAUUUUCGAUGGCCAUGGGGGAGAGGUAAGAUAAAUGGCCUGUUAUCAUUCAUUUGUUGAGACUAUACUUUUUUUGAUUGGUCAACACUUGCACAUGCACUUGCUAUGCAUCAAAUCAUAUUAAUCCCUCUCCACAGGGGCAUGCAUAAGGCACUUUAGCACUUUACUUUGUGAAGUUGUGCCAAAAAUAAGAGACCAUCAUUCAUGGUCUUACAAGUUUAAAAUACUUAUAGACAUAACAAGAUUGUGUGGUAUGCUGCAGAUAAAGUCUAAACUGAUUAUAGCAGGCUUGGGGGUGAAAAAGAAGAGAAACUCAUUCAAACGUGUAGGUUGAUUGAAGAUGGAUGUGACGAGAGCUGGUCAUUUCCAACCCCAGUGAGAGAUGCUUUCGGAUAUGGGUCAUAUUCUGGUCUGAAUACGGUAAAUCACUGGUGCCCUGUGCAUGACCAUAACUUGUCAUCCGAUGCCCAUGCACCUGUCACCCUCUUCAUGUUCUGGUCACUCACUGGUUACAGACAAAGCCCUGGCAGCUGUAGGUCUUUGACUCCAUGACAAGCAUUCAGUAGCACAGAUCGAACAGCUUGUCUCACAGAAAUACGCUUCCUACUCUCAUCAGCCAGAUGUCCCUAUAGAGGGGCAAAGCGUCCAGCCGUCAGGCGGUGUGUGUGUGUGUGUGUGAGAGAGAGGGAGUUGAUAUAUGAGAGAGAAGGGGAUAGGCAGUCAGUCAAUGUAAGGGUCAUACUCCAUGCACAAGACAGUGGGAUACUGAUCUUGUUACUCCUCAUCGUGACCAGAAGAGAAUGCAUGUGUUUUUAAAAAGUUUUUUAAAUGUGAUGCUGGGGGGUAUCGCCAUCAUUGUCAGGGCAACAACACUGAUUGAUCAUGAUGGCCUGCCUGAACAGUGACCUUGUCUCCGUGGGCUUCAGCUGUAGCCACGCGGUCCUGACCGCCCAGUAUUGACUGACGCCAUGGAGCUACGUGAAGAAACUCACUGGCAAAUGCUUUCUGACAAGGCUCCCCUCUCUCCUCCCCCCUCACACUGCCUCUCUCCCAGACCCAGUCUACGGGCUGCCAGUGGUUUUCUAAGGAGCUCUACUGCUCAGACCUGAUCUAGUCUGUUUAAUACAGAAGUUGACUAUUCUGUCAUGAUCCAGGCUGAAAUAUAACAUUGUAAAAAUAGACAGCGAUGGAGAUGGAGGAUAACCAUUCUUUUCGGGGUAGAUUAAACUGUGGGCUCUAGUGCAGCAGCUCCCUUUGACCAAAACUGGUCAUUUGUCUGGUUUUCCCUGCAGCAUGUUUGAGUUUGCUCUUUCGUUCCUUCUUCCCUGGAUUCCUUAUAGAGGAUGGUAAACCAGGCUAUAAAAGCCUUCCUCAGCUCUGUGUGUGGGAGAGGGAGAGCAGAGAAAGAGGGUGUUCACUUCAGAUUUGCUCAUGAAGGCGAGGGACUUUUUUCCCUCGCUAUGGCCUUGGGUGACAAUUUGGUGUGUUUUAUUCCUACACGCUCUUUUGAAGUGUGUGAAACUGUUGCCAGACACCAGCUUUUCAAAUGGCUCUGUAGCUACUGUAUAUUAUUGUUUAUGUAUUCCUGGCCCAGGGGCGGUGCGUCAGCAGAGAGAUGCAGUGUAGCCCAGGGCUGGAGGAGGACUCAGCUCAGCAUAUUGGUUAGUUCCCUCUACCUCUCUAAACAGGACAGAGUAAUGUUCCCUCUGAUUUUAAAUGAUUUGUCGACCCUUUGGGCAAGAUAGCCUAUCUCUCUCUCCUACUCAAAACAAAGUUGACAUAUGAUUCACCAAGCCCUAGUGGCAGGAGAGGGGUUGAAGGGUGAGGUAGGUUGGGGGAGGUUGGUGAGAGGGUUGGUAGCCAGAGUUACUUGCCAGGACACCUUGUCCUAGCUCUGACACUGGCCUGGAACUAAUCGAUUUACCCACAGGAAGAUACAUCGCCUCUCAGAGAAGAAUUGCAAGCUGGAAACACACACACACACUAAAUGCUAUACCUUGCAAGGAUACCUUGCAAAUAAUUGACAUUUCUUUCCUUAAUUGCUGGUUAUUUGGUAUGCAUGUGGAUGUCUCUGGAGAUAGCGAUUCAUGACGUCUCUAAGUAAUAUAUCCAUUCCAGGCUGUUUGUUCUGACUCCAUGUAAACAUAAACUGACUAAUGUUCAUCCCUUAUUGAUAUUCUGUAGGGAGAGAUGCUCUCUACAUGGGUGAUGGUCUUUAAGAUAACACCCUGGGGGUCUGGCUGAAGAUCCUGUCUGAUGUAUAGACCUGCUUCUAGCUGCACACAAUUACUGUAUGUCGACAAUAGAAUACCAAGUUGAGACAUGUAUAACUCCCCUCUUUACUCUCCUAGUAUGUUAUCUUUCCUUUUCUCUGAAUGGCUCAAUGGAGAAAGGCAGUUCCGAUAAUGAAGUCAUCGCUUUCCUUUUGUGCUGAUGUUCCCCCCCCCCCCCCCCCCCCCACUCUGCCAUCUUAAAGUUCAGUUUAGAGGAGAGUGGUGUGGCUGCGUGUGCGUAGGCAGUUUCUGAACAGGAGAAGAUGGAGAGAAGUAUUGUGUUAAGAGGGAUGAGAGGAAAGAACACAAGGAUGACCUUUUGAAGUGGGGCUCCUCUUUAUUAUUCGUAAUCGUUCCCUUUCUUGCUUACCUUGGCCCUCACCGGAGUUCACCUUCCAAUCGCACUGACAAUAAAGGCCUCUUAGUGUAAAGGGCACCGUUUGCAUUUUAAUCCUGGGGAGGGACAGAGAAGGUGUGUAAGAGACUGUGAGAAAGAGACUGUGUGUCUGAGACUGUGUGUGUGAGCCGAGUGCAUGCGUGAGAGACUGUCUUGCAGAGGGAAGCCCAUUGCUUGCAGUUUGCUGAACCCUUGAAUAUUAUAGUUGACCUGCUUUCAUCCUCCUCCCUCUCUCCUCUCCUUUUCUCCUCUCUUUCAUCCACUCAGGUUGUCAGUGUGAUUACAGCUCAGUGUAACUGCAGUCUGAUUACUGGAGCACUAUUUGAGGAGCUUUCAAUUCAACUCCUUUCAUUCCCAUCUCCAUACCGCCAUUUUCCCUCACUUCAUCUCAUCUACACUGUAGCCCUGUUGCAGAAUGGCUCCAGUGGGUGUGUGUCUCUGCAUCCGGCUCAUGGUUCCCUCCCCAUGGGAAUAAACCCUCUUCACCUGUUAUGGAGGGCUGGUGGGCUCAGUUGACUGGUCUCCAGGAGUGUGUUUGUCUGCAUCUUACUGUGUCCAUUUCUGAUUGUGGACAGCUGUGUCUGCAUGUCUAUCAGGCUCCAGAUGUGUGUGUCUCUGGUUUAGAUAUUCAGCAGCCUGGAUCCCUCUAGAGCCCACUCACACUGGAGAUGAAAGAAGCGGCAUGACUAAUUGCAGUGUCGGCAUUAUAGAGGAUUACAUAGUGUGUGUGUGUUCCCUCAUGUUAAAAUGCAAAUCUAAAGUAAUGGAUUUCCAGGGGACAUUAGAUGAAGUGAACGAUCAGCAGCGAUGGCAUGUUAUCGUGAAAUGCCACUGCCUAUUUGGGCUUUACACACCUGUUCCAGACGAUGUCAUUUCCUGCCGAAUGUCCCCCGUAAGUGUUAGCCCUCCGAAAUCUAAUUUAAAUGUAUUCCUCCAGGAGCCAUAAAAUAAUGGAAUCCAUGAGAAUAAUAAUACAAAAGGAAUACACCAUUCACCCUGGCAGACCAAAAAUACUCUGCUUCGCUCACGGCUGCUUCACUUCAUUCUGGAGGCAGAUUCCUGAACCCACUUUUAUUGCUUUUGGCAAAAGCAGAUGCUCAACAUUUCUUUCAGACCUGCCUUGAUGUUGUGGAAAGAGCAGUGAGCAGGAAAGGUGAUGUUUUGUAGGGAAAAACACCCUGUAGAGAUGGACUGGGAGCUUUUCUACAGUUCUCUGACCUUUUAGUCAUUCCGCACCAGUUGGGCAUAAAAAAAGUUGGUCUUCGAUCCUAGAUCAGGUGUAGAGUUAAGACCAGGAUGGUGCUACUGGCCCCAGAAGACUGUCACGGAAUGUUUGUUGAGCGGAACCCGACGAGUGGAACACUGUAAAUACGGAACCCAAAUGUCACAAUUACCCCAUUUGCCAUUUUAAGUAUUUUCUGCCAUGGGCAAUUGUUUCGUGCAGUAGUAAACUCACAUUGAGUGUAACGUUAUUCUGUUUUUCCCACCAACAUUCUUUUCCAUUAUGCAAGUACUUGUCCCAUAACCCCUCUUGUCCUGAAAUUCUCUAGCUCGUAUUGGUUCUUUUGGAGUGUGUGUAGUGCACGUGGAGCCCCCCAAAAGUCCCCAGCAAAGCUCCCAGCAUGGCGUCCCUCCCGGCCGUUCAAUAAUUCAACACUCCCUCUGCCAGCCAGGCGCUUCUUCUGCUAAAAGCUGCCUAUCUAACCCCCCCCCCCCUUCUAAUCAAGUGAGAGAGACUGUCAUUUCUUCAAACAAUUCAUAUUUUUAUUUGAUAUCGAUUAAUUAUUGUGAUAAUGGAGCUGGUCAACAAACCACCCAUAGGUGAUUAGUUGAGAGCCCAAUGAACAGGAAAUGCUGACGUCUUAUAUAGUGGACCUAAAAAUACUUAGUCAUGGCUGGUUCCACCCCUCCCCGGCAGAUCAGGAGCUACCUUGUUUUCUUCUUGUGUCUAUGUGUAUCGGGUCAUAGCGCACAAACAAGUGAUAACUUUAGUUCCGUUUCACCUCAUAUUUCCACAUAGCUGAGCCCUUGGAAGAUAGUAAAAGACAGGAUGAACUGAAAAACUGUGGUCACUCUGAGGCUCUUUCUCUUGACCGUGUGACCAAGUUGAACAGAAGCCAAGAUGAGGGGAGACAAUACAGGUCUGUUCUGUUAAUAAAACGAUCUCUAAACUGGAGUCACACCAUGUCCUUGACAAUACACCCAGACCAGCUGCAGGGAGCUAGAGGAAACCAUCCUUAUGAAAAGCACAGCACUGGUAGUUAAGAAAUUCCCUAGCAAUAGAAAGAGAUCUAUCAAUAUUCAUACAGAUAUAAUCAACAAAGCAGGUAUAUAUUUUAAUUUUUCCCUGACAGGUGGAGUGGUUCAAAUAAGGUUCCCCAGAUUUCUAAAAGUUGAGACAACAGUCAAGGAGAGAAUCUCUUAUGCUGACUGUCUCCUCCCUGUGGUGCUGUGCAUGAGGCUGGAUGGAUGGGCUGAGGAGUGAGAAGUUGGCCUUGUUUGGGAUUUUGGACAGGGAGGAGGGAGAUGUAGAAUACCCCUCCAAGUCUCCACUCCACAUCAUACACAUGCACACACUCCUCUAGUCCUCCCCAUGGCCUCUGGGGUUCUAUAGAGGGCAGGGGGUAUAUUCUGUGCUGCCAGGUCUCUCUGCUUUUUGACUCUCUGUGGAUGGUGGGCACUCUGUUCUUUCUGUGUGAAUAGGUUAUGAAUGAAUGAACAGGGCUAAAUGGCCAUGACUCUAGGCUCCUACUGAGUGGACUGGCGUCAGCUGCCUUUACAGACAGAAAAAGGUGUGAGGCAGUGGAAAGGGAUGUCUCUCUUCUCUAUGAUUGGUGCUGUUUUAGCAGUGGGGAGAGCAGGCAGAGGAAUGUUGACACGGGAAGGAGAGGAUCACUCACAGCUGCUGUGUGUAUGUGUGAUGGACAUACAGGAGGUGUGUGUGUGUGUGUGUGUGUGUGUGUGUGUGUGAUGCUCACUGGUCUAUGCGUCUGUCCCAGCUGUGACUUCUACCAGACUCCACUUUGGGUGAGCUGCGGAUCAGUGGGUUGGGACGGAUGGGGCAGGUGCGUUCUUUUUGGGGGCUGUGUGUGUAGUUCACGCUGUACACUAUGGUGUGUGUGUGAGCGUACAUGCAUGGGUCUGUGUGUAGGAGGGGUAAGCUAUAACACAGAAGACUGUCUGCAGGGCGUAUGUGUUGGCUGGUCAGGCAGGAGGAAUGCAGGACAUAUGAGUGGCUGAUGUGAGCAGAUGGUUUCUAUCAACUACAGCAUGGACCUGAACUCUCCUUUCCUUAGCGCAGAGACUGGGCUUCUCAAGGAUAUGUAUACUCAAUGUUCUAUUCUAAUCUGUCAUAUGAGUGUGUAAACUCCUUCUAGUGGGAGGAGCAGUUGUAUUCAUUUUAAGGUUGUGUGUGUGCGGCCCAUACUGGUAGACCUGUUGGAACUCUGUCGUCUACUUCUGAUUACGGCCCUCUGAGAUUUAUGACCCGUAGAGGCUGUUUCAUUCUUUAAUUUUAAUUCCUUUCUAAAUGUGUUCAGAUGGUUGGUUGGUGUGUGUGUGUGACCGUUUGCGGUGUGUGUGUGUUUGGUCCUCUGAGAUUUAUGACCUGUAGAGAGGCUUUUUCAUUAUUUUUUAUACCUUUUCUAAAUGUGUUCAGAUGGUUUGUGUGUGUGACCGUCCGUAGUGUGUGUUUGUGACUGCCAGUGUGUGUGUGAUGGUUCGUGGUGUAUGUGACCACCAGUGCACUGAGGCCUGAGCUGAAAAACUCCCUCUUAGUUAGACCAGGCUGCGAGUUUAGAGAAUAACCAUGAUGAAGUUAUGGCUUGGCUGAGUUGGCUAUGAUCCUCAUACAUGCUUCUGAAUCCACGCCCACUGAGUCUUCCAUAGGCAAGCAAGCAUUACUGUUAAGCUUGCCUGACUGAUUAUUUUACUCUCUGUAGGUCACCUUAUAUGAGCAUCUGCCAGAGAGGAACUCAUUAUAUUACAACCUAAUGUACGUUUUUCUUAGACUUUCCCUGGAUAUUUCCUAUGCGGAGACCGGAGAGCUAGGUGGAUUGUAGAGCUGAGAGUGAUGGGUUAUGAGUGAUGGGCUGGGGGCUCAGGGCUGAGCUGCUAAAUUGAUUAGUGAAGUAGGGGGAGGCGUAUGGUGAUGGUGGCUAAUGGUAACCGCUGAAGGCCCAGGGAAAUCUGCUUUCCUCCUCCUGACUGUCUCUCUAAAUCCAUGACUGAAGGGAGGAGAGGAGACUGCAGGGAAGAUUAGAACUACACUAAUCCCAGUUGAGAGAUUGGAAAUAUGUUUAGAACCUUUUACUUGUAGUUGUUUUAUUUCUUCCAGUCUCUCUGUCAGUGGAGGCUGGUGGGGGGAGCUAUAGGAGGACGGGCUCAUUGUAAUGGCUGGAAUAGAAUCAGUGGAAUGGAGUCAAACAUAUGGAAAUGACAUUGUGUCCGUUCCAUGUAUUCCAUUCCAGCCUCCACUGGUCUUUGUCUCUCUCACCUCUUCAUCUUUCUGACUAUCUCUCCAUCUCACUGUUGGCUCUGCUCUUCCUCUCUUCUCUACAUCUCUCCUACAGGGAAGGCCGGUGGCUGUAAGGAGGCUGUACGUUGCCCUGUGGCUCAGCUGUAUAAUGAGCUUAGCCAGCGGCAGAGCUGUCAGCAAGGUUUUAGAGCUGCUCUUAGCAGGCUUACACCAUCCACAGGAGGAGAGGAGAGGGGCAAGGGAGUGGGUGAAGGAUGGAGAGGAAUGAGGAGAAGGAUAAUGGAGGACAAAUUUAGAUUGAUUGGAAAGCGGCUGUAAGUUUACUGCUGCUCUUAGCAGCCUCCCACCUUUCUCUCUUAGCAGCCUUCCACCUUUCUCUCUUAGCAGCCUCCCACCUUUCUCUCUUAGCAGCCUCCCACCUUUCUCUCUUAGCAGCCUCCCACCUUUCUCUCUUAGCAGCCUCCCACCUUUCUCUCUUAGCAGCCUCCCACCUUUCUCUCUUAGCAGCCUCCCACCUUUCUCUCUUAGCAGCCUCCCACCUUUCUCUCUUAGCAGCCUCCCACCUUUCUCUCUUAGCAGCCUCCCACCUUUCAUAGGAGGAGAGGAGAAGGGGGAUGAGUAGAAGAGUAAAAAUAAGAGGUAGAGGAGAAAAGGAGGGGAGCUUUGGAACUUUUUUUUUUUGUAGACUUACAACCGCCUCAGGAGGGGAGAGAUGGAAGAAAGGAAAGAAGUGAGAGAGGCAGGAAGACUAUGUAAGAUAAGAAAGGGAUGAGAAGUGAACGGGUAGAGAGGAAGAGAGGCUGAGCUGUGUAUCUAAUGUUAUAUCUGGAUGAGAAGACACAUGGCUGCAGGUGUAUCCUGUCUGCAGGGUGUAUUUAUGUACAGCAUCUGCUGUGAGUAGCAUGCUGAAGGCUGCAUUAGCAGCAUCAAAGCAGAUGUAAAGAGUGAGUGGAACAUGCAGCCAGUCAGGUGCUAGUUUAGUCUUUGAUCUUCUGCUUGAGUGUGCAGGAGAACAUUCCUACAUCAUAAAUGCUUAGCAGCCCAGGGACACAUUCGCAACAACAACAUUUGUGAGGAGUGGCAGCAGCGAUUUUCUUCUGUGUAUUUGUCUGUUAGUGAGCAAGAAAUAGUGUGUGUGAAAGAACUGCCGCUUUUCUCUUUUCUCUUUGAUCAUGAGUCAUUUCAACUGUGGGGCAGACCAAGCUUUGAUGUCUCUAGUCUGAGACAAUAUGAACAUGGCGUACUCUCUCUCCCUCCCUCUCUUUCUUCUUUGUGUGCAUUUAUAUUCUCUCCCUCCUCUCUUCCUGUCUAUUUUGAACUUUUGCUCUAUUACUUUCUCUAAUUUUUUCUCCCUCUCCAUACCACACACUAUCUUCCGUUCCAUGUCUCCCUCACUCCAGAAAUCAAACUCUGUCCUUCACCUUGAGUGUCUCUGGGAGACGAAUGCCAGGGUAGUGCAAGCCGAGCCUCCUGCCUGCCUGUGUUGUGAGACCGGAAGGAAACAGGGUGAAGGACACAGACUGAGGUCUCCUACUGUACUCUCUUCCCAUUGCCCCGUUCAGAAACCCAACAUGUAGUGCAUUCGGAAAGUAUUCGGACCCCUUGACUUUUCCCGGAAGCCACGGAAGCCACUCCUCAGUAAAAGGCACAUGACAGCCUACUUAGAGUUUGCCUAAAGGACUUAGACCAUGAGAAACAAGAUUCUCUGGUCUGAUGAAACCAAGAUUGAAUUCCAAGCAUCACGUCUGGAGGAAACCUGGCACCAUCCCUACAGUGAAGCAUGGUGGUGGCAGCAUCAUGCUGUGGGGAUGUCUUUCAGCUGCAGGGACUGGUAGACUAGUCAGGAUCGUGGGAAAAAUGAACGGAGAAAAGUACAGAUCGUUGAUGAAAACCUGCUCCAGAGCACUCAGGACCUCAGACUGGGGUGAAGGUUCACCUUCCAACAGGACAACGACCCUAAGCACACAGCCAAGACAACGCAGGAGUGGCUUCGGGACAAGUCUCUGAAUGUCCUUGAGUGGCCCAGCCAGAGCCCGGACUUGAACCCGAUCUAACAUCUCUGGAGAGACCAGAAAAUUGCUUUUUUCUUAAUUUGCAGUUUUUGCUUUGUCAUUAUGGGGUAUUGUGUGUUGAUUGAGGGGGGGAAAAAAACAAUUUAAUCCAUUUUAGAAUAAGGCUGUAACGUAACAAAAUGUGGAAAAAGUUAAGGGGUCUGAAUACUUUCCGAAUGCACUGUAGGCCUGUUAUCUGCCUCGCUCUGCUUAGAAGUUGCAAUUUCCAACUUCUGGAACUAUAAAUCUGACCUUUUUCUAUCUGCAUCAUCCCAAACCAAUUCGGCUCUCCUCACUGAUUGGCUGCCUGGCCUUGGUCAAUGUUCUCUGAAUCACCGCACCACUCCCAGAAAGGUGGUUCUGUGAAAUCCAUACAGGUGUGUUUUAAUAUGCACUACAGUGUUAAUCUCUGAGGCGAUAUUACAACCCCAUCCAUAUUCUUCUGCUCUCUAUGGGAGAGUAAAUUAAUGUUUGUGUUUGCUAAUUUGUUUUCUUUUAGUUUUGUGUGUGUGUUCUCAUGGCACAUCUGCAUACUGGGGCUGAGAUGUGUGUUUUCUAACCCCUGUAGUGAAAGGAGAGAGAGAAGGAGUUUAUCUCUCUCUCUUCCUCUCCCCUCUCUGCAGAGUCACCUUAUCUCCCUGCAGUCUGUCUGAUUUAUUUAUCGCUGCUCUGCAAUAUUAAAGAGUCUGCUGCCUACAACCCUAAGGGGAGUCCAUGUCUACACACACACGUAUGCUGCCUGUCAGCUGCCCUUAUCUUUUCCUGAAAACACACUACCAUAUGGGCAUCACAUCACAGAAACAUACAUUUAUCUGUGGAUUUUCAGUUAGUGUAUAUUAUCUUCAAUGAGAACGCUUGUUUCUCUCCUCAUUUGCUGUAGCAUGUCUGUGGAUGAGUGUGUCCACAUCUGUGGGUGUGUAUGUGCAGAUGACCGUGUGUGUGUGUGUGGCGGCAAUGCCAGGACUCUGCUGGUGGCUGUAAUUGCUGUCCGUCUAUGCCUCAGUGAAGCUAGCCUGGGAAUCCUGACUCAUCUCUACUGGCAACGCUGCCUGGUAUGGAUUUGAGCCAAAAUGGAGUCACUGGGAUUGGAUCUGUGUAGGAAACUGCGCUGCACUGUUGGUGUUUGGCUGUGCUCUCUUUCCUGAUUAUUGGCUGUGUAAACUUGACUAUGGUCUGAGUUAAAGCCAAUAUGGAGUCAUUGUGUCACUAUGGGCCUCUCUGGUCCAUGCUGUUCUCAUCCAUGCAGCCCUGGAGUUCACCUGCACACACACACACACACACACACACACACACACACAAAUGCCCUCCUACGCAGAGACACACAUCACACACACUGUUCAAAUAGAUGUGUUGUGGCCUCUCUCUCAUGCCCAUGCAUCACAAACACCCACAUUCACUUUCUAUAAGAUUUUCAUCCUUUUUCACUAGCACUCCCGAUCCUAGACACUUUCAUACAGACACAUUCUCUUGCAUCUCUCAUGCCCAUACAUCAUGCACACCUACAGUACACCCUAUCUUCUAAACAAAAGGUUCAACCUCUGUCCCGCUUUCACACACACUCCCCUCAGAGUUGGAGGUGAUCCAAAGCACUGACCUGCUGAGAACAAUCAAUCCACACUUUCACGAACUUAACACACACACUCACUUACCCUAGUGGCAUGCGUUUAAUUCCUUCAUCCUCUCUCCCAGUCCCUUAAUAGCCGCAGCGGAUGGAGGCCUGUGGAUGAAUAUUGAUUUUAAUGGGGCCGUGUGUCUGAAUGUUUAUCAGCUAAUAGUUGAGCUCUGCGUCGUGCGGUGCUCACCUGGCCUGCUGUAUUGAUCGCUGUGUGUUAUUCCUGCUUAUUGAUGAAUGGGGAUGCAGUUCAGUGAUACAGUGCAGUGAUCAAUGUCUGGAGGACCCAGUCUGAUCAUAAGAGGGCCAGGUCAGGGAUUAACAAUCUCUGCCACACUGGGCUGAUGAGAGGGAACAGGUUAACAUUGUAUCAUAUAGGCCUAGUAUAGGAGUAGCAGCAGCACUUGUAUGUCUCUGAUGAAGAAGUACUUGUUGUCUUUGCCUCUGUCUUCAUCGCUGCUGUUCUUUCUCGGCUGGCAGCGCUCAGUGAGAGGGGAGAGGAGGCAGUUUCUAAUUAAUGUGAUAAAUGCUGCAUCCAUCUCCAGAGGGAAGGAGGGGAAUGGAGGUAGGGAGGGGUAUGGAGGGAGGGAGGGAGGGAGGAAAGACAUGGAGAGGAAGAUGGACUAGUAAUAUUGGUACAAAGCGAGGUGGAAGAUGGGUUCUUUAGAGGAAAUGAGAAUGAAAGAAGAGAUGUGACUUUGUUUUUAGUGUGUGUUGUAGGGGGUAAGGUAUUAUUGAAAUGAAGAGCUGUCAAUUUAUUCAUAAUAUGCAUCCCAGGAAAACAAAUCACCACGGAAACCAGGCUUGCCUCAGUGUGAGACCCAUCUGCACUACAGGAUGAUGCUUUCUCUCUCUCUCUCCAUCACACACUCUCUUUAAUAUUACCCCUCUUUCUCUCUCUCUCUCCAUCACACACUCUCUUUAAUAUUACCCCUCUUUCUCUCUCUCUCUCCAUCACACACUCUCUUUAAUAUUACACCUCUUUCUCUCUCUCUCAUAUUUAUGUGCCCUUAUUUUGGGGGCGCCCGUUCAACAUCCAUCCGUGUGCAUUUGCUUGUGUGUGACUAGGGUUGCAAAAUUCUGUGGACUUUCAAUAAAUUCCCAGGUUUUCCCGAAUUCCUGGCCGGAAUCAGUAGGGAAUAAGCAGGAAAUCCAGAUUUUCCAGGAUUUCUGCAAAACCAGGGAAUUUACAGAAAGUUCCUGGAAUUUUGCAACCCUAUGUGUGACAAGUCUAGUCAAGUCCUACCUGUUCUCUAAUAACCAGUCUUAGCUGUACCCAAAUACAGUGUUGAAUGUAAUCUGGGAUACCAUCAGGAUGUGGUGCUGGUGUCUGGAGCGGGCCAGCUGAAUGGAGAUGAGAGCAUAUGAAUGGAUGGAUAGAGGAAGGGGAUAAAUAGAUGGAUGAACUCAGGAAGGAAUGAGAGAGAGACUGAAUUGUAAUGGGAAUCAGAAUGACAUCUCCUGUCAAUGUGGCAGUGUGUUGCCUGGCAUAGCAGUCAUUUGCCUGUUGAGACUGAUCUAGAAUCAGCUUGCCUUCCCAAAAUCCUUACCUUAACCCUGAGGAGGAACAACAACACUGACCUUAAACCAGUGUCUAGGGACCACUUCAUCCUACUCAGAUCUCUGGGAAUGCUUCCACAUCUGACAGGAAGAGGAGAGGAGGAGUGAAGUCUCAGGAACAGUGAAGCAGUGUGUUUGAUUCAGAAGGCAAACAACUCCUUACUUUUCUCCUCUCUCUCUCCUGGUACAGGCCCUGCUUUCAUUAGCCUGAUGGCAGGUGUAAACUCUGCUAUCUUCUCUGCUAUCUACACAGGAGGUUGGUGGCACCUUAAUUGGGGAGGACAGGCACGUGGUAAUGGCUGGAGAGGAAUAGGUGGAAAGGUAUCAACAACAUCGAACACAUGGUUUCCAUUUGUUUGAUGCCCUUCCAUUUGUGCCAGACAUUAUUAUGAGCCGUCCUCCCCUCAGCAGCCUCCACUGGCUGACAACAACUGUGGGAAUUAUUUCAUGGUUCAAUCUUUCAUCCUUUCCACUCUUCUCCUAAUAUCGCUCUGUUGUGAUUUUGGGAGCUCACUUUCUCUUUCACCUUUUUCUGUUAUUAAGAGCAGGGCUGAAGAGAGACAGACCGAGGGGAGGAGUGAGGUGGUGUGAUGUCGCAGUGUGGACAUGCAUUGUACCCGCAGUGAAGUGGAGAAAAGUGCAAAUUGAUAUUUCAGAUCUAAAGAGCUGUGGGAUUGUCUGUGUGCAUCUGGGUGAUUGUGUUGGAUUCUGUGUGUGUCCUGAGAGCUGUGUCUUAGUAUGGUAUGGGCCUUUUGCUGCGCGAUGAGGCAGAAAGAGCAUAGUGGUAGAGGGGAGAUGAGUUCAGAGCAGCGGGGGUCUUUAGCUCCUCCAGGAGAGGGCUUAACCCUUUCCCUACCACCCCUACAGCAGGUAAACCCUUUCCCUACCACUCCUACAGCAGGUAAACCCUUCCCCUGUCACUGCUACAGCAGAUAAACCCUUCCCCUAACGUGGCACACACGAGAUUGGCGUUUUCUAUCAGGAGUCUGUAUCACGUAGUCAGCUUCACUUAGUUUCUUUUCAAUUACAUAAGGACCAGAGAAACGUGCUGACAACGACGCUCCUGGCACAGGCAACAAUACAAGAACUUGGUCACCUGGCUGCAGUGAACGAGAAACAGCCUGUGUGUCAUAGCGUCGUUUCAUCCGUCUCUGUGAGGAAGACGGCGCUUCCUUUGCUAGGGCACAGGCACCAUGUAGGCGCUCACGAAAGCGACUAACGUAGUCCAACACAUUUUCUUUCACACACAACUCUUGUGAUAAAAACUGAUCCUUAAGGACUUUCAUAGGUCCUCUCAUGGUGUGUCCAAACACCAGUUCAGCUGGGCUGAACCCUAAGGAUUCCUGUACUGUCUCACGGACAGCAAACAAAACUAGAGGAACUCCCUCAUCCCAAUCCUUCUCAGAUUCCAAGCAAUAUUUACGGAGCAUAGACUUCAGUGUCUGAUGCCAACGUUCAAGCGCACCCUGAGACUCUGGGUGAUAUGCGCUUGACACACGGUGUGUAACUGACAAGGAUUUUAACACUUGUUUAGAAAGGAAAUUCUUACCCUGAUCAGUUUGUAUCACCUUAGGUAACCCAAAAGUUGAGAAGAAUUUGAUCAACGCUUUACUCACCACCGGAGCAGUAAUCCUUCGCAGAGGAAUGGCCUCUGGGUACCUGGUGGCCACACACAUAAUCGUCAACAUAAACUGGUUACCAGAUUUUGUCUUUGGUAAUGGUCCAACACAAUCAACCAUCACAUGUUCGAAUGGUUCACCUAUGGCCGGUAUGGGACAAAGAGGCACGGGGGAAAUAACCUGGUUCGGUUUCCCAGUUACUUGACAGGUGUGGCAAGUCCGACAGAACUGAGCCACAUCUUGUUUUAAACCAGGCCAAAAGAAAUGUCGCAAAACUCGAUCAUAAGUCUUGGUGACUCCCAGAUGUCCGGACCACUGGUGAUCAUGAGCGAGGGAUAAAACAUUUUGUCGAAAGGCUGUAGGAAUCACUAUUUGGUAAACAGCAUUCCAAUCUCCGCCAGCGUCAACAUGAGAUGUCCAUUUACGCAUGAGGAGAUUACCAUCAAUGAAGUAUGCCAUGUUUUUCUUCUUUAGCUCCUCCUCUGAGACAACACUAGAAAAACAUUUAGCCAGGCUAAUGUCAACCUUUUGGUUAGCGAUCAGCUGCUCACGAGUAACUGGUAACUGUAUUGCCUCAGCAACAAGUUCCACAAUCUUCUCCCUUUCUCUGGACUGUUGGUCAGACUGCACCAGCUUACCAGAGGUAGCACCCGAACUAUCCUCUGGGUCACACUCUCUGAAUAGAAUCAUGUUCGACAAAUCUAUCAAUUCACCCACUUGUCGUGCUUGAGCACGUGUGACAGCACAAGCGGGGAACACAUCUGGAUAACCCUGUGCCAGCUCCUCGGAGAGAGACUGGUCACUUUUAUCCAAUACGGGUAUCACCUUUCCUCCGGCAAUAUCGUUGCCCAUUAUAAAUGUCACACCUUUUACUGGCAACAUAGGACGUACGCCAACUCUGAACAAUCCACUGACUAACUCAGAGUGUACGUUCACAAAGUGCAAUGGCACUGGGACGAAUUUCAAUUCCUUGUACUAACACACUGGAACCACAAUAUGUAUUAUUGGACAAGGGCAACACAUCAGAUAGUAUGAACGACUGCGCCGCACCAGUAUCUCUGAGGAUUCUAACUGGACGCUGCAACGCUUCGUCAUCUGAUAUGGAAACAAACCCCUCAAAAAUGAACAGUUCAUAACUGUGAUCUGGGACUGGGACAGGGACUUUCAAACCACAUUCACUAUGAGGCCUCUGUCUUGAUUCUGGCCUUACAACCGUACGAAUCAGCCCAACACCCGUUGGCGGCCUGGCGUGCUGAGGCAUCCCCUGUUUGCAUUUAAGCAGAAAGCAAUCAUUAACCAUAUGUCCCACCUUAUGACAAUAGAAACAGUGACGCACAUCUUUUGGGCGUGCUGGAUGUACUGCUGGUCGACUAGGACUAAAAGUUAGCAACUCUGCAGCCCUGCUCUCCGUACGAGCCAAAAACACGCUCUUAUGCGUCAACACAAACUCGUCUGCCAAUACAGACGCUUCCGACAGUGAGGAUACUUUCUGUUCGUUCAGAUAAACUACAAUGCGUUCGGGUAAGCAAUUUUUUAACUCUUCUAACAAGAUUAACUCCCGUAGAGAGUUAAAAUCAGUUACCUUACUAGCACUGUGCCAUUUGUCAAACAGAUUUCCUUUGUCUCUAGCAAACUCCACAUAAGUCUGAGUAUAAUACUUUUUAUGAGACUUAAAUCUCUGUCGAUAUGCCUCAGGAACAAGCUCAUAGGCACGAAGAACAGUAGCUUUGACCACGUCAUAAUUCAAGCUGUCUUCAAGAGGUAGCGCUGCCAGAACCUCUUGGGCUUUACCUGUUAAUUUACACUGAAGUAAUGGGCACCAUACCUCUUCGGGCCAUUUCAAUGCUACCGCUAUACGUUCAAAAACACUGAAAUAGGAAUCAAUCUCUGACUCCCUAAACACAGGUACCAAGGUGAUCUGUCUACUAAUCUCAAAAGUAGCAGACGACACAGCUGGUGAGGACGGCUCACUAGAAGACAUAGUAUGAGCAGAGACUAACCUCGCUGUUUCUGCCUCCAGUUCCAUUUUACGCAUCUCCAGUUCCAUCUUACGCGUCUCCUGUUCUGCCUCUAGCUUACGCGUCUCCAGUUCUGCCUCUAGCUUACGCGUCUCCUGUUCCAUCUUACGCGUCUCCAGUUCCUGAUCAAGCCUACGCGUUUCCAGCUUGUCUAGCCUGAUUUGUGCCCGCUCUUCCGCCUCCAUUUGGAGCCGUGUCGAGCGGACAUCCAUCCUGGCAUCACUGUCAGUCAGUGGGGAGAGUGGGUCAAAACGGGGCAAUGUGGCUGGAGCCUUAGCCUCGUCCUCAGACACCGAUGGGCUUACAGGAGCAGCAGACUCAGGCGGCGGUAACUCAAGCACUCACUCGUUCAACAAUAUCUCUAAUACUGCUUUCCUCACUUCGGCUUUCACUAAAACCCUUGAUAUGGGUACAGAAAAGUGGUCAGCCAAAGCCUGUAGAUCCACUCUACGGCAAUUCUCAAAAACCUCCCACGUAGGGUUUUCCAAAAAUGCAUCCAACUCAAAAGUAGCCAUCCUAAACUAGCAACACGAGCCGACGAAUACUGACCACACAAAAAAAACAGGUAGUUACAGCUGCCAAGCUCAACACUGAACCAGACACUAACUAAUUUGAAUGAGUAGCAUGGGUAUCAAUGAGAUAGAUCCCAGACGAACCCCCACAUUAUGUUACGAACCCCGUGGCUUUAAACGUCUAGGGUGGAUGGACAUGAGACCCGUAACAUAAUUCAUGCAAAUUAUAAGCGUGACAUGGAACAGUGAGAACAAAAACUACACGACAACCAUAAACUACCGUCAAACAUAAAAGGUUUAUUUUUGAACACACGGUAAAGGUUUGGGAAAAAGGGCUGAGCAGGACCCAAGAAAUGAAACAAUAGUGUAAAAAACCCCUAAACUGAUCUUGCCUGCCUCAAGAACCGCUAAGCUACUGCUAGUCAUACAAAAAUACAGUGGGUGGUCCGCUCAGGUCUAACUAGUGUUUUUAGACAGUUUUCUUCCUACGGGUAAUGUACGCCCAAGGGCAACAUGCUUAAAUUCCCCUUUUCCCAGAAACACACGAAGUUACCAAACAGAGUAACCAGCAACUUAGUGAGUACACAAAACACAGGACACCACAGUAUCCAUACUCACAUACGGAAAUAGUCUCUAACAAAAUUACCAAACAGAGUAACCAGCAACUUAGUGAGUACACAAAACACAGGACACCACAGUAUCCAUACUCACAUACAGAAAUUAGCCUCUAACAAAAUUACCAAACAGAGUAACCAGCAACUUAGUGAGUACACAAAACACAGGACACCACAGUAUCCAUACUCACAUACAGAAAUUAGCCUCUAACAAAAUUACCAAACAGUAACCAGCAACUUAGUGAGUACACAAAACACAGGACACCACAGUAUCCAUACUCACAUACGGAAAUAGUCUCUCACAAAGUUACCAAACAGAGUAACCAGCAACUUAGUGAGUACACAAAACACAGGACACCACAGUAUCCAUACUCACAUACGGAAAUAGUCUCUAACAAAAUUACCAAACAGAGUAACCAGCAACUUAGUGAGUACACAAAACACAGGACACCACAGUAUCCAUACUCGCAUACGGAAAUAGUCUCUCACAAAGUUACUAAACAGAGUAACCAGCAACUUAGUGAGUAAACAAAACACAGGACACCACAGUAUCCAUACUCACAUACGGAAAAUAGUCUCUAACAAAGUUACCAAACAGAGUAACCAGCAACUUAGUGAGUACACAAAACACAGGACACCACAGUAUCCAUACUCGCAUACGGAAAUAGUCUCUCACAAAGUUACCAAACAGAGUAACCAGCAACUUAGUGAGUACACAAAACACAGGACACCACAGUAUGUAUUAUUGGACAAGGGCAACACAUCAGAUAGUAUGAACGACUGCGCCGCACCAGUAUCUCUGAGGAUUCUAACUGGACGCUGAGACGCUUCGUCAUCUGAUAUAGAAACAUACCCCUCAAAAAUGAACGGUUCAUAACUGUGAUCUGGGACAGGGACUUUCAAACCACAUUCACUAUGAGGCCUCUGUCUUGAUUCUGGCCUUACAACCGUACGAAUCAGCCCAACACCCGUUGGCGGCCUUGCGUGCUGAGGCAUCCCCUGUUUGCGUUUAAGCAGAAAGCAAUCAUUAACCAUAUGUCCCACCUUAUGACAAUAGAAACAGUGACGCACAUCUUUUGGGCGUGCUGGAUGUACUGCUGGUCGACUAGGACUAAAAGUUAGCAACUCUGCGGCCCUGCUCUCCGUACGAGCCAAAAACACGCUCUUAUGCGUCAACACAAACUCGUCUGCCAAUACAGACGCUUCCGACAGUGAGGAUACUUUCUGUUCGUUCAGAUAAAAUACAAUGCGUUCGGGUAAGCAAUUUUUAAACUCUUCUAACAAGAUUAACUCCCAUAGAGAGUUAAAAUCAGUUACCUUACUAGCACUGUGCCAUUUGUCAAACAUAUUUCCUUUGUCUCUAGCAAACUCCACAUAAGUCUGAGUAGAAUACUUUUUAUGAGACCUAAAUCUCUGUCGAUAUGCCUCAGGAACAAGCUCAUAGGCACGAAGAACAGUAGCUUUGACCACGUCAUAAUUCAAGCUGUCUUCAAGAGGUAGCGCUGCCAGAACCUCUUGGGCUUUACCUGUUAAUUUACACUGAAGUAAUGGGCACCAUACCUCUUCGGGCCAUUUCAAUGCUACCGCUAUACGUUCAAAAACACUGAAAUAGGAAUCAACCUCUGACUCCCUAAACACAGGUACCAAGGUGAUCUGUCUACUAAUCUCAAAAGUAGCAGACGACACAGCUGGUGAGGACGGCUCACUAGCAGGCAUAGUAUGAGCAGAGACUAACCUCGCUGUUUCUGCCUCCAGUUCCAUUUUACUUAUCUCCAGUUCUUGAUCAAGCCUACGCGUCUCCUGUUCUGCCUCUAGCUUACUCGUCUCCUGUUCUGCCUCUAGCUUACGCGUCUCCUGUUCUGCCUCUAGCUUACGCGUCUCCUGUUCUUGAUCAAGCCUACGCGUCUCCAGUUCCAUCUUACGCGUCUCCAGCUUGUCUAGCCUGAUUUGUGCCCGCUCUUCCGCCUCCAUUUGGAGCCGUGUUGAGCGGACAUCCAUCCUGGCAUCACUGUCAGUCAGUGGGGAGAGUGGGUCAAAACGGGGCAAUGUGGCUGGAGCCUUAGCCUCGUCCUCAGACACCGACAGGCUUACAGGAGCAGCAGACUCAGGCGGCGGUAACUCAAGCGCUCGUUCAACAAUAUCUCUAACACUGUUUUCCUAACUUCUGCUUUCACUAAAACUCUUGAUAUGGGUACAGAAAAGUGGUCAGCCAAAGCCUGUAGAUCCACUCUACGGCAAUUCUCAAAAACCUCCCACGUAGGGUUUUCCAAAAAUGCAUCCAACUCAAAAGUAGCCAUCCUAAACUAGCAACACGAGCCGACGAAUACUGAACACAAAAAAAACAGGUAGUUACAGCUGCCAAGCUCAACACUGAACCAGACACUAACUAAUUUGCAUGAGUAUCAAUGAGAGAGAUCCCGGACGAGCCCCCACAUUAACAUGACCUCCCACUACAGCCGUAGCAGCAAUAGAGACAGCCGACUCGGCCCCCUACGGCAGGUAAACAUUUCCCCUGUCACCCCUACGACAGGUAAACAUUUCCCCUGUCACCCCUACGGCAGGUAAACAUUUCCCCUGUCACCCCUACGGCAGGUAAACAUUUCCCCUGUCACCCCUACGGCAGGUUCUGUGACUCUGAGCCUGGAUGCAGUGACUGCCAGAGUAGAAACUAAGAUGUGUGGUCCCCCAUUAGACAGACACACACCAGAGCUCAGGAGCUCCAGCCUGAGUCUACAAAGUGGAGCAACUGAGGUGAAUGAGGCUUGGUCUAUGUUUUGUGACUCACACACACAACAAGAUAUGUCUAAAUGUGGUUCAUGACGCGUGUAAGUGUCUAUGUUCAUUUAUGGCCAACAAAUCCUGUUGUCUUGUCAAUUGUGUGUGUAUUUGUCAGACUGUCUGGCCAUAAUCUUGUUUGUUUGUUCUUUCAGGCAAAUAAUUGAAUCAGAGGUUCAGUGCUGCUACUGAUCAGCUGCUGCUGAUUGGUUUAUCCAGCGUCUGAGACGGGGUAUAUAAGGGUAGGCUACUGAUGAAGUGCACUAGAGUGUGCACUGCGCGGUCAGUUUUUGGGCUCCCCAGUGAAGCGUCUCGGGCUGUCAGACAGACCAUAAAGAAGCUUUCAGACAUGAUUAAUCAAACAGGAGAUCAUUCCAGGCCAGAUUAAUCAAACAUGAAAUGAUUGAUCAGGGGCUUGAGAGGGUUAUUUAUAACUGACUGCACUCGCUGCCCUUUGGACUAUUAUUUUGCUGUGUGUGUUUGUGAGAUACAGUGAUCAGUGGGUGAACAGGUAGUUUAUCAGCCAGAGUCAUCUCUCCCAGUUGACGGGGUCAGGUCCAGAGGAAAGCCCAGUCGCCCCUGCUACUGUUGAAUCAUCCGUCGCUGGGGCUCCUCUUCUCUAUCAGGACUCAUUCCUCUGUCUAGCAGGAAGUAGGAAUAUGUUUGUGUGUGCAUGUGAGCGUUUGUAUCGUGUGUGUGCGUGCACAGCCAGCCUGGAAUAUGAAUAUUCAGGCGUCUGGCUUCAUAUCAGUGUGUGCCAGAGAACACAGGCCACUGAUCGCAGGAAUACCAAUGAGAUGAACCACUCAUAUUCCACUGAUGAGUGGCUGUGUCUCUGUGAGAGAGAGGGGGUGGGGUGGGGACUAAGAUUGUUUGUUGUUGACAUUUUCCUUCCUCUAUUCUCCUUAUGGCUCUGUGUGCUCCAGAAAAAGGAAUUGCACUGAUGUAUUGAUAUGUUUCACUUUCAUCCGGUACUUUAUUUGUGGGCUAGGUCUUCUUCACACAUCCCCACUGAAAUGGUCACCUUGUGAAAUCAACACGUGUGUAGUCACCAGUGUGAAUGAGGUCAGUGGGCCUGGGGAAUCGCACAGGAGUAGGAGCAGCAUUUACUGUGGCCCAGGGUUGGGUUACUGCUGCUGGACUAUACCCAGUAAUGCACAGAGCACAUACUGGUCCUGACUGGAAUAGGGUAAGGAAACAUAUGAGGUGGAUUGUAAGACUCACCCCUUUGCCAUUCUGUGGAGGCGUCCACCAAAUGUGUUUCAGGGAAUUAAUUUAUAUCUCCUAUUUCUUAAAUAUGGAGCACAGAGAGCCAAAAGGAGAGUAGAGGAAAGUAAAUGUCAGCAUUCUCUCUCUCACGCGGUCUCUCUCUCUCUCUCUCUCUCUCUCUCUCUCUCUCUCUUUUUCAUACACACACACACAAACCACACACUCACAUCAUGCACACACACACCUGCCACAGAGGUGUGUAUAAAAAUAGACUGUGGGUCAGGUAAGGGGCGAGGGGGCAAGUUAAUUUAUAAUGGAGGUCUCAGGGCAGGCCUGUGGAGAGGAAACAUCUACUGUAUACUUUGAGCUUCUCACUAUUCUCUCUGUCUGUCGCAAACCUCUCUUUAUCUGUCUGUCACUCUCCUGUUAUCCCUCUCUACCUGUUUUAUAGGCCAGGUAUUAUCUUUAGCUGGGGGUUUAUUGAGUUAGCAGGGUUUUCAUGGAGCUGUGCGUACGUACGUGCAUGCAUGCAAGUGUGUUUGUGUGUGAGAGAAGGAGCAGGUUUUUUAUCCCAGGAGUACGACAGUGGCUGUGAGGGGUAAUGGCAGGAUGGUAUCAAGAUGAAUGGUAUGGUAAGCCUAGAAGUGCACUGCACUGUUGGGCAAUAUUGUACAGUUGUCCUUAGCCCAAGGGCUUUUUGAUGGGUGAGAUACAGAUCUCAGUGAACCCCUCUGUGUUCUAAAAGGAAGUAGUCAUAACAUUAUCUUUCCAUCUGUUCAUUUUGAAAAAUGGCUAUUGUGCAUAAAUUCAAUCUGCUUCCUACAAUACGAGUGUGUGUGUGUGUGUGUGUGUGUGUGUAUGUAUGUAUAUAUGUAUGUAUAUAUGUGUGUAUAUAUGUAUGUAUGUAUAUAUAUAUAUAUAUAUAUUAUCUAUCCAGCUGACAUUCUGUCUCAUUGUCUCAGGCUCUCAUUCUCUCUACCCCUUCCAUCUACUCUCUUCCCCCCUCUCUGUCUCGCUCACUCACACACACACACUCUCUCUCUCUCUUUCUCAACCUCCCUCUCUCUUCCUCUCCAUCUCUCUCUUUCAUGGUGAGGUUGUUCCCUCCCUCCCUCUCUCCCUACCUCCUCUCCUCAGCAGAGUGCACAGCUAAAGUGUUUUAUGGCCAGCGUUGAUUUAUGUCAAUAGGAGUCUAUUCUAAUUACUACCCCCAGAGCAGUAGUGCCGAGCUGAGAGAUGUGGGGAGCGCCCAUGUGAGAGUAAUGGCUGCUUUUACCCGAUCCCUUAACGCCAGCGUGUCUGUGUUAUUGCACACACACAUUGUCCUCCUGUUGUCUAGUUUGUGUUUAAUGUGCCUCCUCACGUUCUGUAAUGGUCCCCUCUGUCCUCACAGGGACACACACUGUGGUCAUUCUGAAGGUGUGUGUGUGUGUGUGUGUGUGUGUGCGCGCAUGCUCGCGCUUUAGUUGCUGUCAUAAUUUCCAUCACUUUAUGGGUAAGGAGGAGUGUGUGUGGAGAUGGAUGGGGUCAUACUGACAGAUGGCUGCUUCCUUUCACUGAAUGUGAAUCACUUCUCAAUUAACAUAUUCCUUUCUUUAUGAGUAAGAAGGGUGUGUGUGUGCGUCGCUGUCAUAAUAAUUCCCAUCUCUUUAUGAGGAAGGAAGGACGUGUGUGUCUGUUUGGAGAAGUUGACUCCCCUGAAUGUCAUAAUUGAAAGGUGGAGAUGGUCACCUUGGCUGUUAAAGACUUUAUUGGCAUUUAAAAAAGCCAACCACCUGUACCACUGACCCCUGGGGGGCGGGCUUUUGCAUGUCAUAGAGCUUGAUUGUGCCGAAGGGACCUGGAAUGACACACAGCUGGCAAGGUGGGAAAGAACAGCCAAUUGAAGGGGUUGCUCUGAUGACGUUUGUGCGUGUCAACACCAUCCUUGCGCCUCGCCAAAUCUCACAAAACAGUAAAUACUAAGGGUUCACGUCACUUCAACACGUACUCCACUCAUAAGAGGAAGAGCAUUUAAUCUGUGAGCUUCAUUCAGUAAGCUUCCUCUGUUAAUGUUGUUAUUCACCUCUCCACUUUCACAGCCCAGCGUUUUAUAUCUCCAACCUCCAUUCACUUUGAAAUUACAGCAUUUCACACACACAGUCAACUCUGUCACAGAACACGGUGUAGGCUACCACAUCCUCAGUCCUCCUUUUCUGAAAUAUGAAUAUUACAUUUGAAUCUGAUUUGCCGUUUUAGAAUGGCUGGGGUGGAAUGGGCCGUGCAUGUGUGCGCCUUAUCAGCACCUACCAGUAGUGCUCCCAGUCAUGAAUACUGCUCCCUUCAUCCUCCUCUCUCACUCAGACCCCCCCCCCCCCCCAUACCCGUUCUCUCUGCCCCUCACCUUCCUUACUUACACCCCCUCACCCUCCUCAGCUCUCUACUCCCACUCCUCUCACCCCUCGCCUCCUUUCCCACGUCACUCUUUAAUUAAAGGGGCAUUUCACCUAAUUUCUACAACACAAACAGCAUUUGAACGUAAACAUUAAAGAGGCGUGUUUCAGUUAGGACUGAGGCUUUGACAGGCAGAGGCAUCGUUCUCGAACAACCCUCAUUUUAACAACUGAGUGGGGAUUCCCCUUCAGGGACACACACACACACUGGUGUUGGUAGUCAUAAAGGAGAGAUCAGGGGUUAGUGGUAAUCCCCAGGUGCUACUGACAGAUGGGUCUAGUAGAAGUACUGUAUAAGCACUGGAGCAUUCCAGGCCUGAGGCCUCGUUCCCUGGCUCCCUCAGCGGUCGGUCUGGAUCAAAGACCCAGGAUGAGAAGAGUUAUUCCCAGAAGGUCAGACAUAGCCAGCUGUUGCAGCUGGACAACACCUAAUGACUUCCAGUAACAGACACUGGAGCUGGGAUUGCCUAUAGAACCGCACCUACUGGGGUUUACUGGCUAAGCAUUGGACUAUGACCGCCCUGACCAACUGUUGUGGUUAGGGUUCAGUCUGUGGCUUGUCUGUAGUCAGUCUGUAUGUACGUGGGUGCUUGCAGUGUGAGGUUGAACAGGGACAGAAGUCAACAGAACAGUUGCACUCUGAUUUAAUACCUCAAACAGCAGCAUAUGCUUUUAUAGAUAAGCUAUCAUAGGUCAGCAGUUUGCUGUGACGAUGUGUUGGGAAACUUCAGACAAUUCGCUUUUCUUUUAUUCUUCGGAACUGCAGCCCGACGUGUGUGCGUGCGCAGACCAGUAAACUAUUGCAUGGGGUUCAUGCGCAUACCCCUCUUAAGGGUACAGGGGAAGUGUAUUGCACUUAUUGCAUUGCCAUGGAUGUUGGUUUUGAAUGGCUUCUAUAUUUGGCACAAUGACUUCCUCUCACACAUCUCACACAUACGCACUCUCACACCCACUUAAGACCUGUACUUGACGCAGCUUUGACACAUAGCACAAACAUGAUGCUAGCCUAAUGAAAUUAGCUCUUACCGUUAGGCUAGCACUCUGAGGACAGACCUCUGCAAUGUCACUGUAAGGAUAUAGUUACAGUAUGCUACGCUAUGCUACACCUCUGCAGCAAACCAACCUAUAGAGCUGCAGUACAUUCUGUCAUGGAGCCAGAUAUAUGUACAUGAGGGGUGUCAGACGUGGGCCUUUUGAGGUUAAACAUAAUGGCUUUUCCAGCCAUGUUGUUUCCAUCCGCAAUCGAUGAUUCAAGAUUAGAAAUUAAACAAAAUCAUAAUCACUUGUUGUUUUGCCAAGGUACAGUGCAUUCGGAAAGUAUUCAGACCCCUUCCCUUUUUCCACAUUUUGUUACGUUACAGCCUUAUUCUAAAAUGGUUUAAAUAAAACAUUGAAUUGAUGUUUUUUCUCCUCAAUCUACACACAAUACCCCACAAUGACAAAGUGAAACAGGUUUCUAUAAUUUUUUGCAAAUGUAUUAAAUAUAAAAAACAGAUACCCUAAGUAUUCAGACCCUUUGCUAUAAGACUCGAAAUUGAGCUCAGGUGCAUCCUGUUUCCAUUGAUCAUCCUUGAGAGUCCACCUGUGGUAAAUUCAAUUGGACAUGAAUUGGAAAGGCACACACCGGUCUAUAUGAGAUCCAACAGUUGACAGUGAAAACAUUUAUAGAGAGGAUCUGGAAGAAACUCCUAUCAGAGAAGAAUGGAAGAAACUCCCCAAAUACAGGUGUGCCAAGCUUGUAGUGUCAUACCCAAGAAGACUUGCAGCUGUAAUCGCUGCCAACGGUAAUUCAACAAAGUAGUGAGUAAAGGGUCUAAAUACUUAUGUAAAUGUUAUAUUUCAGUGUAUUUAUUGUAAUUUUUUUUGCAAACACUUCAAAAAACCUAUUUUUGCUUUUUCAUUAUGGAGUAUUGUGUGUAGAUUGAAGGCUUAAAAAAAAAAAAAUUAGAAUAAGGCUGUAACGUAAUACUUUCCGAAUGCACUGUAAGUUUGACAGUAGUUUACAACAAAGUAAAGCUGCCUUUCUGUGUUCUACUCUUUCAUGUUGGACAACAGUGGCACUGGGUAGCUAAGAGGUGAGCUGAGACUAUGCUCUCCGUGUUCAAUCAAAGAUGGCCACAGACUGACUCUCUGUCUCGGUCUCUCUCUGUCUGUCUCUACACAAAUGGAGAAUAUAUUUUAAUGAUGUACUUCAGUUACGUUAGUUAACUGCCCCCCCCCCCCCACACUCUGUUGGAGAAACAGCAGUUAACAUCAGACCCACCCCCCUCCUUAUGAAAGAUAACCUACCUUCUCCAUCACUAAACCUGGCAGUAGAUGAGCUACAGUCAGCCUGAAGAGACGUACAGUACAUAACUCUCCCUGGAUCUAAUAACCUCACUGUCUGAUGGACGCCUAUGGUAAAGAGAUCUGGCUGUUAUCAUUGGAUGAGGGUGGAGGGGUUAUGCGUUUGGAUUGGGUGAGGGUGAUGGUAUGGGGGGAUUUGGAAAGUGUGCAGUUGGGGGGGGGUCUUCAGAGUGGUUGGUUAUAUAAGGGUAGCUGUUUGUGUGUGUAGGGAGGGGGAAUCUGCUGGUAGAGCAAAGCUGUGACAUUCAUCACACUCACUGCUUAAGAACACUGGGUAUACACCCCUGUGUGUGUGUGUGUGUGUGUGUGCCUCUCAUCAGGAGAGCAUGUUUGCUGCCUUUCCAUCUCUGCUGACAGACGCCUCUCCUGUGAUGGGAUCUGCUGCUUUGUUGUUGCCUUGUUGAAGCAUCACUUCAACUCCCACUACAUGGUCAUUCUGCUCAUUAGGAUAGGCUGUUAUUAAGAGCCUUCUGCGACUGCCGUCCACGGGUAUUUAUUUAUUUUUUAAAUAAUUUUAAUUUUUUUACAUUCCAAAAACAAACUUAUACAUACGAACAACAACUUACAGAGACACACAAAAACAAUGACUACAUCUCCUCUGCCCAGACCCGCAUGUUCACACCCCCAUCCCUACUGGCCUGCAUUAUUGUUUGCCACUUGGGCUUAAAUUGUACCAUUCGGUUUUUCUCGGUCGCCCAUGCUAUUUCAAUAUUUCAAUAAUAAAUCAUUUGAUUUUUCCAUUGUGUUAAUGAUGGCGGAUUGAUUGACUUCCAAGUUUUUAGUAUAAAUGUUUUCAAGAUCAGUGAUGAGAAAAGGGGGUCUUUCUAACUGAUGCAGACAUUUAUGUAGAAUGUUAGGAACUAAAUAUUUUUAAGCAUAAUUGAGAAUACAUAACGUUAUGAACUAAAUAGAUAGGAAGUAAAUAUUGCUAAGCAUAAUUGAGAAUACAUAGUCCGCUGGCAGUUGGGUUUCAGACUAUGUAUUAGAAGGAUGUAGUUUGUGGCUAUUGAAACCCCCCAGUCAGCACACACACUGGUUAGUCACUGUGAUGAUUAAGAUGUCCCUGCAGCAGCAGAACUGUCGGCUGCUGGAGUCGCCCGCGCACACACAGCAGAUAUCACCGCUCUGAUAUCUCUUAUAUCACACACACACACACACACACACACACACACACUCCUUUAGCAUCCCUCUAUCAUCCCUCUCUCCAUACUUCUGUCAUCCCUUUGUUCUUCUCUCUCCACAGUCCUCCGUUCCUCUCUCCAUCACUGGACACAGCAAAUAACACAGCCCAGAUAAGUCACACAAACUCCUCUACCAUCCCCUCGUCCCUCUCUCUCAUCCAUCUCCCUGUCGUCGUCUCUGUCUCUCUCUGUCUGUGUAUGUGUGUAAACCAUGACUGCUGCCCUUUCAUCUGUUUCCCCACCACCCCAUACUUUCUCUCUUCUCUAAGGCGACCGAUAAUAUCUGGGUAAUCGUAGACACGUUGGCAUCCCAGUAGGUCUAAAGUAGUGUACUACAUGUGGAGUAUGGUGGGGCUGAUCACAGUUGACCAGUGUGCAGGCAGUGGGAGUAGGACGGGUCAGAAUAGAGCAGGGAUCAGAGGCUGAGCUCUUAACAGGUGUCUGAUCAUCCACUCUGUUACUUAACAGGAUAACUAAGACUUAUCCCUGUGUUUCUUUGUUUGCUUGCUUAUCCAGGCUUAAUGGCUGUGUUCACUCACUCAUACACACACUUGCAUAUAUAAACACACACACAGCUGCUCUUCGGAUGUCUGAAAGGAUACAUCGCCUUUGUUAACCCAGACAUGCCUUGUAAGUCAUAAUAACAAUGUUCCAAAACAGCUAUUAAUGUGGUCAAUACUGUCCCAUGUUGUUCCUCCAGACAGACUUACCUUUCUCAAUCAAUUCAAUUCAAGGGACUUUAUUGGCAUGGGAAACAUAUGUUUACAUUGCCAAAGCAAAUGAAAUGGAUAAACAAAAGUGAAAUAAAAAUAUUACACUCACACAAGUUCCAAAAGAAUAAAGACUUUUCAAAUGUCAUUGUCUAUAUACAGUGUUGUAGCGAUGUGAAAAUAGUUAAAGUACAAUAUGUAAAUAUGUUUGUGUUUACAAUGGGGUUUGUUCUUCACUGGUUGCCCUUUUCUUGUGGCAACAGGUCACAUCUUGCUGCUGUGAUUACACACUGUGGUAAUUCACCCAAUAGAUAUGGGAGUUUAUCAAAAUUGGAUUUGUUUUCUAAUUCUUUGUGGGUCUGUGUAAUCUGAGGGAAAUAUGUGUCUCUAAUAUGGUCAUAGAUUUGGCAGGAGGUUAGGAAGUGCAGCUCAGUUUCCACCUCAUUUUGUGAGUAGUGUGCACAUAGCCUGUCUUCUCUUGAGAGCCAGGUCUGCCUUCGGCGGCCUUUCUCAAUAGCAAGGCUAUGCUCACUGAGUCUGUACAUAGUCAAAGAUUUCCUUAAUUUGGGGUCAGUCACAGUGGUCAGGUAUUCUUUUAGGGCCAAAUUUCAUUAUAGUUUGCUCUGUUUUCUUUGUAAAUUCUUUCCAAUGUGUCAAGUAAUUAUAUUUUAGUUUUCUCAUGAUUUGGUUGGGUCUAAUUGUGUUGCUGUCCUGGGGCUCUGUGGGGUCUGUUUGUGUUUGUGACCAGAGCCCCAGGACCAGCUUGCUUAUGGGACCCUUCUCCGGGUUAAUCUCUCUGUAGGUGAUGGCUUUAAUUAUGGAAGGUUUGGGAAUCGCUUCCUUUUAGGUGGUUGUAGAAUAUAACAGCUCUUUUCUGGAUUUUGAUAAUUAGCGGGUAUCGGCCUAAUUCUGCUCUGCAUGCAUUAUUUGGUGUUUUACGUUGUACACAGAGGAUAGUUUUGCAGAGUCUCAAUUCCCAUUUUGUGAAUUCUUGAUUGGUGAGCGGACCCCAGACUUCACAACCAUAAAGGGCAAUGGGUUCUAUAACUGAUUCAAGUAUUUUUUGCCAGAUCCUAAUUGGUAUGUUCCUUUUGAUGGCAUAGAAGGCCCUUCUUGCCUUGUCUCUCAGAUCCUUCACAGCUUUGUGGAAGUUACCUAUGGCGCUGAUGUUUAGGCCGAGGUAUGUAUAGUUUUUUUGUGUGCUCUAGGGCAACGGUGUCUAGAUGGAAUUUGUAUUCGUGGUCCUGGCAACUGGACCUUUUUUGGAACACCAUUAUUUUUGUCUUCCUGAGAUUUACUGUCAGGGCCCAGGUCUGACAGAAUCUGUGCAGAAGCUGCUGCUGCUGCUGUAGGCCCUCCUUGGUAGGGGACAGAAGCACCAGAUCAUCAGCAAACCGUAGACAUUUGACUUCAGAUUCUAGUAGGAUGAGACCAGGUGCUGCAGACUGUUCUAGUGCCCUCGCCAAUUUGUUGAUAUACAUGUUGAAGAGGGUGCGGCUUAAGCUCUCUCUGACCUCUGUUUAUGGUGGUCACUAUGGUAACCACAGGAGGGAAGGAAUGUCUGAGACUGCGUCAGAUACGUCCCCAUGCAGCUCCGAGAGAAAGGCCAGAGAAAGAGGCCUAGAUGGAUAUUCUACCCGUAGGCCUCGGCGCCAAAGCGAGCACAGAGGGGUUGUGGGAACAGCCGACAGAGGGGAAGGGGUCAGACACCGAGAGCAAGGGACAGUCACAGAAGGAGAGAGAGUCAGAGAGAGAGAUUGUGAGGGAGAGUCAGAGAGAAAGUGAAACGAGUUUAAAUGUUAGGCAGAAAAGGUUUCAGAAUGAUAAGGCACAAGCUCAUGCACUGUCUGCGGCCCCUGACCUCGUAUACAAGCGCCAAGCCCCCUGUUAGUCAGCCAGGCUACAACAAGGCUAGUGGAUGGAAACAUGGCGAGGCAAUAUAACAGGCCAAAAAACCCUCAUUAGCGUACACUGCUAUCUUUCUCUUUUGGUUUUGGCUCAGCUCGGCUUGGCUAGAAUCUCGCUCUCUCGCUCUCUGGCCAUGAUUCAGGAAAGGAGUAGAGAAACGAGCCAUUCUUUUUGUCGGGAAGUGUUGCGUAUUUGUCCGUAAAAGGGCGUGCAGUGCUGUUAUCGCCUGGCUGAAAUGGAUAGGGGAGGAUUGACUUUCUCUUGCUCAGCUGUACGCAGCACGGCGGAGGGAGGGGAAGCGUGUUUGGCUAGUGGUGCAGUUUCUCCCCCUCCUUACCUCCUGGCUAUUUAUCUCCUGCUUUAUCUGGGUUUCAGCAAGGAACGAAGGACAGCCAGGUCACCGCUACUGUAGCCAGUCUUCUCCCCCAAGUGUGUGUGUGUGCGCCCGCACUGUAGUCACACAGAAAGUUUGAUGCUGUGCGGCAGGGCAGAGCUGUGAACAUCACUUGGUUUACCAUUUAUUACAGUUUACACCAUGUAUAACUCAGACUUCAGUAUAGCCAGCUCACUGUAGCCCUCUCUCCCCUCCCUCCUCCUCCUCCCAGGCGGCGGCUGACUUUGCCAAGGCCCAUCUGUCGGAGGCGUUGCGUCAGCAGCUCCUGAGCUACGACCGAGAGAAGGAGAAGGAUGAGAAGGAGAGCAGCGGUGGUCGGUCCUAUCCCUCCAUUCUGGAGCAGCAGAUCCUGGCUCUGGACAGGGACAUGCUGGACAAGCUGUCAGCCGUCCACAACGAAGCAGGUCAGAGGGCAGGGAAGCCAGGGGUUAAAGGUCACAGCCAGCUACCCCUAGCCACUAAUCUAGCAACAGUUUAUACCUUAAUCCUGAACUUAACCAUUAAAGGGAAAAUAUGUACCAAUUUAUUUUUACAAAAAACUUCCCAUGCCUAGAAAUACAAUGAAUAGGCUAGAAUGUGUAGAGCUGACUUCACUGUUAGUUGGAUGCCUCAGUCUUGAGAUCUGUGUUGUACAGUGACUGCAAUUCUUUGUUUUGGAUUGAUUGCACUCAUUUCUGCAUGCUCAAACAAUGUUGUCUAACGAGUGGGCUGUGAAAGACGCACAAAUUAUGACUCUGCUAUGUUUGGGGACUGGCCAGAGUUAGUUGAAAUAGCUGUGGUCUUUAUGUGACAGUGAGAGCUAGCGGAAAUGAAGUCUGUAUAAAUAGCUGUGGUUCAAGGGUGUGUGAGUGCGUAUGUGUAUGCAUGCAUUUGUGUGUGUGUGCACGUAAGUGAAUGCAUUAGUUUGUAUACAUGAGUGGGGUAGGCUAGGGGCAGACAUGGAUUUCUCUUGGACUCUUGUAAGGAAGGAGCCCAUUACUAGUGUGAUGUUUGCUCACAUGGGUUUGCCCAUUCCUACGCUUGUUGUUUUUCUAGGAGCCCUUAAUUGCUGCUUGCAAAGUAUUUCUGACUUUGCUGUACUCUGUUGUUCGGUCGUUUACAGUGGGCUCAGGCUCCGGCCGUGA